AUGGAGGUGGUGUUAAUGCAGAUACCGAGGCCCCAGGUGAAGUGUGGAUGUCGUCAUGUCGAUGUUCGCGGUGCCGACGCUGAUGGAGACGCAGUCUUCGUUUUCGAAGAUGAGGCAGUUGUCUGUGAUGAUGCCGUCAGACUUCUCGAGGUGGAUCCAUCGGCGUUGCGGCUGAGGGCAGGGCAGGCAAUGCGGAUGAGAUGGGUGGAGGAGAUCGCGGUCUCCAAUCGUCUGGCUAUGGUGGACGCAGAGUUAAAAAAGUUAAGGAGUUCGGGUGGCGCCCCCUCCCAGGGUCCUUCAUACGCCGAGCUGCAGAAAGAGCUCAAGAAGACCCAAGAUCUACUGGCGGCUGAACAAAAGAAGACGGCCGAUCAGGCCUAUACUCUGGGAGAACUUGAGAGACAAGUGAAAAUGCUCGAUCGGAAGAUAAGCCUUGCCACCGAUCGGAAGAAGACGGCCAUCUCUGAACUGGAGAAGAAGAAUGUCGAGGUGCAGGGCCUGGUCUCCGAUGGAGGUGGGCGGAGUGGGCAGAAGCGGAGGAAGUUGGAGGAGGAGAGCAGCACCGCCGCCGCAACCAGCUCCCACGCGUCUCCGUCCUCGGCGGUGGAGGAAGAGGAGAUGGGAGUCGAAGAAAUGUGCUGCCCUCGCUCCCAGGAAGCGCUCGCCCGCGAGGUCCGGGCCCAAGUCGAUGUCCUGGAGCGAGCUUUCUCCUGGCGCCUCGCUGAUCGAGCCGCCGCAAGGCUCGCUACUCACGCCCUAGCCGAACUCGCCAAGAGCGAGGAGGCUGUGAGCGUGAUCGUUGAAGGAGGGGCCGUGCCGGCGCUCGUGAAGCAUCUACAAGAGCCUCCGCCUCUGCUGGUAAGGGAUGGCAGUGCUAGCGGAGAAGAUCGGCCUUUGGAGCACGAGGUUGAGAAUGGGAGCGCGUUUGCUCUCGGUCUACUUGCAAUGAAGCCUGAACAUCAGCAACUCAUAAAUGAUGCUGGUGCCUUGCCUUUGCUUGUCAAUCUCUUAAAAAGGCAUAAGAAAGGUUACAACUACUGGGCAGUUAAUGGUGUUAUUAGGCGAGCAGCUGAUGCAAUUACUAAUCUUGCUCGUGGAAAUAGCAAUAUCAAAACAUAUGUCAGGAAUGAAGGUGGGAUUCCUCCCCUUGUGCAACUGUUGGAAUCUAUUGACAUGGAGGUGCAGAGGGCUGCUGCAGGUGCCUUGAGUAUUUUGGCAUCUAAGAAUGAAAGUAACAAAAAUCAGAUUGUUGAAUGUAAAGCUCUUCCCACAUUGAUUCUCAUGCUUCAGUCAGUUGAUCCUUCCGUCCAUUAUGAAGUGAAGCUCACCUACAUCAGAUGGUUGAUACUUAUUACAUCUUAGCUACUUUGAUGGUUGCCUACUGUACCAAUAUUAUGCAUUUGGCAGAUAUAUGGUUAUGAGAGAAUCCUGAAUGAAUAGUCAGAUGUCUGAUCAUGAGCAGUUGAUUAUUCUGCAACCUUAGUCUUCGCUGUGAUUUGUUUCUGCUACAAUGCUAAUAGAGGGCGAACCUUCUGAUGAUAAAUUUUGACAGUCAUAGUGAUACAACAAAAUCCAUACUAUGAACAGAAUGAACAAGGCCGACAGUGAAUUUGGAAACAUUGAGUAGCUUAAGCGAAGCAGCUGUAACAUGAAAUAUUUGGUUUUCAUUCAUCUUGGUAUUAUCUAUUCUUGUAGUCGGAACUGUCAUUUCUUCGUUCCCUGGAUCCAGUUUGCUUACAUUGAGGAUCUCAAAUUGGAUAGCCAU